AUGGACGGGGAAGACGACGAGAGAUUCAUCCUAGAAAAUUUAGGGACAGUGAAGAAGACUAAGCCAUUCGAGUACCAAAACUGCCCUGAUGUGGGCCUGGGGGAUGAUUACACUCAACCCCACGACGAUGACAACGCAGUUUUUGGUUAUGUCGUUAACAACGAGGAACCAUUUAUGAUUAAUCCUGACCAGGUUAAAAUUGUUCCGUGUUGUGUAGGUUAUCUAGAUUAUUUUUAUUUCAACAUAAAUUUUAGUAACCUGUUCGAGUAUUACGUAACACGAAAUAACGACUUUUUUGACCCCCUCCCCCCUUCGUAA